AUGCGGGCUAUAGAAGACACGGCUCCAAACCUUCCCGUGAACUACGGGUUGCUCUUUGCCAAUGUGUCCGGCUCUGUGAAUGAUGAGGGAACCUGUCAGUGCUCUGUGUACUUGCCGGAUACCACCUUUCCAGUGCAGAAGGCUGAGCAACUGGAAAUCAUAGCCACAACGCUCUCGGAGAAGUUUGAGGCAGAGCUUUCUAAAGUCAGGGAGUACUCAAAACGAAUUGAAGUCUAUCAGCAGAAAAUCCUCAAUCUGACCAUCAGAGUGCAGCAAAUGGAGAUGGGUGGUGUAUCUUACACGGAACUGGACUUCCAGUUGCUGAAAGUGGAAAUCAGUGACCUAGAGAGACUGGUCACUCAGCUGAAACCCAGCCUUGUUGGAAGCAAUGCCAUCGUUGAGCAAAUAUAUUUGGAGAUCACCAAUCUGACUAUACUGGUAAGUGAACUAGAGUCACUGGACAAAAACAAUGUCCUUGCAAUUCGUCGACAAAUUGCGUCUCUGCAGAAGCGACUGAAAGAGUGUGAAGAGAACGCAACCAAAACUACACCACCCCCUUAUUUCCUACCAGGUACCUGUGUUCACCGUGGACCAAUGAAUGUUAGCCAGCCUUAUGUUGUCAAGCUGAACUGGAGAGGAUUUUCCUACAAAUAUGGUUCCUGGGGUAGAGAUUACAAUCCCUCUAACCCAGAGGAGGAAGUCUAUUGGGUUGCACCACUGAACACCAAUGGGAGAUACUUAGAAUACUUCAGAAUUUAUAGUUCCUUUGAUGAUUUGCUGCUCUUUAAAUACACGUAUGAAAGGAGAAUAACAUAUGGGGAAGGAAGUGGUGCUGCCCUUUAUAAAAAUCAUUUGUACUAUCAUGCUUAUUCUUCGAGAUAUAUGGUGAAGUAUGAUAUAAAAACAAACAGGGAGGUUUUGAGGAAGGAGCUUCCAGGUGCUGCUAUUGGUAACCGCUUCUCUUAUGCAGGCGUAGCAUGGCAGGACAUAGAUUUUGCUGUGGAUGAAAGUGGGUUAUGGGUAAUAUAUUCAACUGAAAAUAACGUGGGCAACAUUGUGAUUAGCAAGCUCAAUGAGACCACACUUGAUGUGCUAAAUACUUGGCAGACGAGACAGUAUAAGCCAUCUGUUUCCAAUGCUUUCAUGUUAUGUGGUGUUCUUUACGCCACAAGGCCACUGAACACUAAGAAAGAGGAGAUCUUCUACAUGUAUGACACAAGCACUGGCCAAGAAGGUAGAAUUAGCAUCAUUAUGGAUAAAAAGUUAGAUACAAUCCAGAGUAUUGAUUAUAGCCCCACAGAUCAGAAACUGUAUGUUUACAGUGAUAGUUACCUUGUAAGAUAUGAUGUCACUUUUCAGCCUUAG